AGGUGAGACUAGUGACGGCCAGGUGUGGAUGUACAGCGGCACGCACGUAUUUCCUGUGUAUGCGGAGCUGCACGGCCGCAUGCUGUCUGUGCAGGCUGUAACCGUGUGCGGUUUACAAUGAGUAUUGGAUUCUGUGCUGUAACAUUAUUUCUUCUCAAGGCCACUACAAGCAUUUCUUGGUAUGGCAGAACCAGGGGGAGCAGAGAAGUUAUCUUCAGAGGAGCAGUCAGUAGUAGCACCUCCUGCAUCUCAGCCUCCAACAUCACAAGAUGAUUCUACAGUCGAAACGGCAGAAGAGGCGGUGGAGCCACCAGAAGCGGAUAUCAAUGAGCUUUGCAGGGAUAUGUUUAGUAAAAUGUCAUGUUAUCUCACCGGUGAGCUCGUAGCCACAAGUGAAGACUACAAACUUCUAGAAAAUAUGAAUAAGCUCACGUGUUUGAAAUAUAUGGAGAUGAAAGAUAUUGCUGGAAAUAUCAGUCGAAAUCUCAAAGACUUGAAUAAAAAGUAUGCGAGUCUCCAACCAUACCUUGAACAAAUAAAUCAGAUAGAAGAGCAAGUGGCAUCUCUAGAAAAUGCAGCGUACAAGCUGGAUGCUUAUUCAAAGCGAUUAGAAGCAAAGUUCAAAAAACUGGAGAAGCGAUAGUCACAUUUCCACACAACACUACUGCAAAAGUCCUAAUGCCAAAGGAGGAUUCGUAUGGCAUUAUGCCAGCCCUGUCAAUGCUUUUUACUAGGAACCUAAUAAAUAGAACCUCAUAUUAUCUUUUAUGAUUAACCUCCUUUUAUUAAAAGAUUUGACCAACCUUAACAGCAGUUUUACUUAUAGCCCCACAACUGCUCCGAAAGGAAGAAAAGCCACUUACCUAUUCACCGUCUCUUCGUCCCGGAGCCAAGGGUCCGGUCCCCACUGUUCCGUUCCCCUGUGGACCAGAGGUGUGACAGCCCAUCAGUUGUCACUUGCACAGCUGUAGCGGUCAGAUGCCACUUGGGAAUAUAUGUCCACUGAGGCUAGCGAAUGGCUGCAGCGAUGCAUGUGACCACGGACGGGAUAUCAGACUUCUAGUCCACAAGGGAUAAAGAAGCAAGGAAAGACGGGACCGUUAGAGCUGGAACAGAGCAAUGAUUAGUAGGUGGGUGGCUUUUUUCUUUAAGUUAAACACAUGUUGGCCAUAAAUAAAAUUGCUGUGGGAGUCAGGUAAACCCUUUAAAGAGACACUUCUGUCAGAGGGGUAUUUUUGUUUUAAGUCAAUAUAAAUAGAAGAGUUUUAGUUUUUUCUUUGGCUCUUUAACUCUUUCAUUUUGCCAGUACUUCUCGCUGGUGCCACCUUGUGGAAGUAACUCCCUAUGAGUAAAUAAGCCUUGGAAUAUGACAAGGGAAAAUGUCGAGCCAGAUAUUCUACCGUUACUCCCACCCAUGAGCUGUUUGAGCAGGCUGUGGCGCUGACCUCCUCUCCCUAGGACAGUGAUGUCACUUUAUCGGUCAUAUGGACUAGACAUAGCUUAGUCCUAUGCAAGUGAUUGGGCCAGGGCUGCAAUACCAAGCACAUCCAGUAUACAGUGUAUGGCACUGUGCUCACCAGAGGGCCUCUUCAAACAGCUGAUUGAUAGGGGUGUCGGGAGUUGGGCGCCUAUUGAUUAGAUAUUGAUGAUCUAUCCGGAGGAUAGGCCAUUAAUAUUAAACUCCCAAAACUGCCUUUAAUUCAGAAUUGACACAAACAUAAUACAGAAGUAUUUUUCGCUUCUAUUACUCCUCUGUCCUACAACCCGACUAAUGGUUUGACUAACCCCAACUUGCAGCAUCCAUGCUAUAUGCGGAAAAUUUGAGUUCGUUAAACCUGCGGUCAGACUGUAACGCUCAGGAGUAAUAUGGAUGGAAAGUAUACCCCUAUUAUAUUUACGUGAAUCUGGCCUAAUACUCACCGGAAAUUGUGGUUGAAAAAAAUUAACAGGUUGAGGUAUCAUAAACAACUGUGGCUAAAAGGAAACAAGUUUAACUCGAGUAAUUAUAGGACCUAUGGAAUAAAAAUUUGAAAAUAUAA